GGCACAAGACACAGCGUGCACACAAACCAAAAAGCAACGCCACCGAAACAACAACAACAACAAGAGACAAGAGACAACCACCAUCAGGGAGACGACAAGAAGAAGAAGAGAGCAAGACAACAUGGGCGAGGACAUCAAACCCAACGUUGACAUUGCCACGGACGAAGAGGCUCGUUUGCGAGACCGUCUGCAAGGCAAGAAAGUGGAGAAGAAUCUGCGAGAGCGUCUCAUGGCCAAAAAAGAUCGUCGCCAGAGUGAGUCGGACAACUCGGAGGGCAUCAACAACAACAACAAGAAUAGCAAGGAAGAAGGCAAGAAUAAGAACGACUCUCCGAUUGGCAGUGAUCACAGUCGCCGUGGCCGUCGUUCUUCCUCCAUGGAACAACAACGCCGACGCGAUUAUGGUCGUCCACGAGGAGGACGAGGCAACGACUAUGGUGGUCGCCCUUGGGACAAUGGAGGACCUCCUAGUAGAGGCCCUCCGUCGUAUGAAGAUCGAUUUGGAAGAGCUCCUCCUCCCGGUCAUUACGCCAUGAGAGAUUCUCGUCGCAGUCACAACUAUGAUGACUUUGGAAGAGCUCCGCGUCGUUACCCGUCGCGCAGUCGCUCGCGAUCCAUCAGCCGCAGCUAUUCUUCGCGGAGUCGCAGUCGUAGUCGAUCCUUGUCCAGCCGCAGUCGAUCUCGAUCUGUCAGCGACGAUGAGCGACGCAAGCGAGGACGCAGUCGUCGCAAGGAUCGUCGUCGGACACGUCGUCGUCGCUCCCGAUCGUUUUCCAGUUCGGGAUCCUCCGUGUCGUCGUCCUCAUCCUCUUCUUCUUCAUCGGAUGACGAAGAAAGCGUUGAAAACAACAACAACAACAACAACAAGGGAGCUGUCGACAAUUUUACCAAAGAUCAGAGGACUGUCUUUGUCAAUCAACUCGUCAUGAGAACCACCUCCAAGGAUAUUCGACGCUAUUUCUCGCGCAAGGUGGGAGCCAAGGUCAAUGAAGUGGUCAUGCUCAAGGAUCGUCGUACUGGAAAACAAAAGGGUUGUGCCUAUGUCGAAUUGAAGAGUAUGGACGACGUGGGAAAAGCACUCGGUGUGUCGGGACAACCACCCGAUUUUCAACGCUUUCCCAUUCUGGUCAAACCAUCUGAAGCUGAAAAGAAUUACAUUGUCCCGGCAUCUACUGCCACUGUCACGGCCAACAUGAUGGGAGCUGCUGCUGCCACUGCCAAACCCAUGAUUGGACCCGACGGAAGACUCCAAGAAUCACAAAAGGUCUACGUGGGAAAUCUCGAUCCCAGUAUUACGCAAGAACAUCUCUUCAAGCUCUUUAGUGAAUUUGGUAAUCUUACCAAGGUCAGUCUACAAAUGGAUCCAGCCUCGGGCAUUUCCAAGGGGUACGCAUUCCUCUCGUUCCGUGAUCCUAAAGAGGCACACUUGGCCAUUUCUGCCAUGGCCAACCAAGUACUGGCCGGAAAAUGCAUGAAAACGGGAUGGGCCACCAUGACCACGGCCGCUCCAGGGGUCAGUGUGGUCACAUCCGAACUAUUCCCAGAAGAUGCCAGUGUACGAGCACAAAAGGCGCAGUUGGUUCUCACGCAGCUCGCUCUGGGAGCCGCUUUGCCCCCGGCGGCGGCAAAUCCAAUGGCUGUGGCGGCGCCGCCAGCGGUCAACAAGGUUCCCACUGUGGCCGAAGCUCGAAACAGUCUGGCGACAUCUGCGGCGGCAUCCAUGGUGGCCAGCUUUGCUGUUGCAACAACGGAUGCUAAGAUCAUUGGGAGAGCCGACCAACCCUCCCAGCACUUGUUGAUUCAAAACAUGUAUGACAAGGACGAAGAAACAGAGCCCGGAUGGGCCGACGACAUUGCUGCCGAGUUUCGCGAAGAAUGCUCCAAGUUUGGAACCAUUUCUCAUGUCUUGGUGAUGCAAAAUGAUCCCGGUGGUAAGAUCUAUGCCAGCUUUGAUACCGUUGAGGCCGCGAGCAACUGCGCUUCCAGUCUUGCAGGCAGAUGGUUCGACAAGAGACAGCUCCGGGUCGAAUACGUCAACGCGCAAGAUAUUCCCAAGCACGCAUAGGCAAGCCAACAAGCCACUUACUUUUCGGAAGAAAACGAAACGAAACACUUGCUGCCUUUUUUUAUGAUUGUAUUAUUUUCACUACCACUACUUUACAGGUGCACACAAGACAAGCAAAUCCUUUUUUUGUGGCGACUUUACUAAUACCUGUGGGUUACAUACGGUUCGAGAGAGCUUGGUGAGACAUGCAUCUGGGCGGGCAUACCGUUUUGUUGCUUGUCACUAUGUACCAGACGUCCCGUCAUCCCUCUAUUCCAGUUGAUUUCUUUGCUUUCUGCAACAGGAUCAUCUUUUUAUUCAUGUUUUAGGUAAUCUUUUUAUAUUUGAUAGGAGGCCCAAAAGUUGUCGAAGAACAUCAUUAAUGGCAGGGAUGACUAUCUAUGGUGGCUCAUUGAAGCGCUACGGUUUGUGCUUGAGUAUUUGCCAUGCUGCUGUGUUAUUUUCGUAGACCAACCUGUCCAGGUUGUGCAGUACCGAACUCACCCUGAGUCGUCUUGCUUAGUAUAUCAGACGUUCUUCAUGCAGGCCACCUCAUGUCUGUCAAAUGAAUGGCGUAGUAGUCUGAUGCGCUGCGGUAUUCGUUGUGCUCUCUGGCGGCGGACACUGACUUUACCGUCGUGUUGCCGAAGCUUCAAUGGUGUCGUAGAUUCAUGGGCAUCCAAGCAAUGAGCUUUUCUCUGUGAACUCGGGGUCUCGGUGACUGGCCGAGAUGGGACGGGCACCCAUGCGUUCUCCUUCUCGUUUCGUUGUGCGUUGUGUUGGUUGAAGUCUAUAGUUUUGUUGCAACUGUUUGGUACUCAGAAAGCAGAUGCAUGCUCGGUCUACUGGUGGCUGAAAGUCAACAAUCAACCUACUGUCUUGGUUUUUGCGCUUGCUGGAGUGCUUGUUUGUCGGACUUCGUCCUUGAACCAGAGCUGAGCUGGUUGUGGAUUGAUCGCUCUUCCCUCCUCAGGAACUACUGGAAGGCUACGAUGAACAAAUACAUGUACCGGUAUAUACCGUACCGGUAUGAACUAGAGAAUACCAUUGCGGCUCCAGAAAUGCGCGCAUGUGAUUGUAGUAGUCACAAUAGUCUACUGUUUCGUUUUCUUAUUUUAAAGCACCAUACGUGGCACUGCUGCAGCGGUUGGUGAUGGGGUUGCCUUGUCUUGUGGUGGUGGUGGCAAGGGCGGUGUCCCAGGAGGAGGCUGAGUGGCUGGUGGUGGUAAUCCAGCUUGUUCCAUGAGUUCGUUGACACUGGUUUCCAAUUCUUCCAUUUUCUUUCCCAUAGACUCCAUUCGCCCCGAAAUGGAGUCCCCCAUUUCGGAGAACCUGCCUUCCAUCUCCUGGAGCAAGUCAUGUACAAAGAUGGCUAGAUCCGGCUGUGCUGCUUCUGCCUCUGUGAUGGGUACUUCUUCUUCUGCGGGGGCUCGAUGAGGCGAUGACCGAGUGCCCUUUGAUGAUCGAGAGGAGGGAGUUCCGCCCGACAGUCGGUUGUUGGUGCCGUCGUUCUUAUCUUCCAUCGUCAUGUUCAACUGAUACUACUAGUCUAGUCUAGCUAGCAAGUACUACAACAACAACAACAACAGCUUGGAAAUAAUAUGAUACAUGUAGUAACGAACGAAGCCAAGCUUUUGUCAUUGCCUUCAAAAAGGUGUGUUAACCCUUUGGAAAACGGUAGCCUGGCGACAUCAAGUCGCCCACGGAAUCCC